GAAGCUUUGCGAUAUAUAUUUCGGAACUUUGAGGCAAUUAAAGGCUAUUACACAACCGGGUUAAAAAAGCUCAAAUAUCACAGCUAUAGAAACAAGCAAAAAGCAUUGACCGAAAUGUGUAAACGGUUGUUUACAGGUAGCAGAAAAUACCAAGAAGGCAAUCCUGAUAUACAGCAAGCAAAUCAGCAAAAGUGGAAACCGUUAGUCCCUAGAGACAAUGCCGGUGAAACUGAAAGGCCUACUGUAAUGGCGUUUCGUUCUGCUCAGUUCAGUGGGCUUCGUGGGAAUGUACCUUCUUCAACAAAGGUAUUCAGAAAAGCCUUACUAAAUUAUGUCAAAUCAACCAGACACAACCAGCCAAAUUCAAAAAAGUACGUUGUUAUGAUUGAUGAGUAUUUCACAAGUCAAAUAUGUCCCAGAUGUCAUACAAGAAGUACUUCCAACCAACGUGAUAACUCCAAUAUGAUGAUCCAUCCAGUUCUCAACUGUCAAACUUAUCACAUGGCGAGUCUCAACAUAUGCUCUAUCUUUUUGUAUAUGGCUACCAACAACAACAAUCGACCUGAAGAGUUUUGGCGGAGGUAAGCUAUCUUGAUAUUAAUAUAGAUUUCAUUACUUCAUAUACUAACAACACUAUUAUUAUUUGUGGAAAAAUAGCCUUAACAAUUGAAUAACAUUAUGUCUUGUAUAACAGCAAGACACCCCAUAUUUACAGGUAAGUUGACCUAUUAUUCGCCCAAAAAUUAAAAGUAUCUUUAUAUGUCCCAUUUCCGUAUCGCUGUCCUCCUUUCGUAUCUCUGUUCCACUUUCAUAUUGGUGUCCCAAUUCAAUUUUGA